CUAAACCCAUCGCACGUCCCCUCAUAUGUGUAUACGUUAUAUAUGAAUGCAAACGAUAGCCAAUCAGACGUGAAGUGAAUUUCAUAUGAUUUUCUAAAAGCGAAACCAAAACUCAAACCAUAAACGAGUGGUUUGUGUGACGAGUAUUGCAUUCAUCACUUCAUCAGCACUCGAGCCAUGGAUCAGAUGGAGGCCACCGACAACACCACCACUGCUGCCAAGACAUGUCUGAAGAGAUCGCACGUGGAGGCGGACACCCGUGCGAAGCGCCAGCGAGACCUGGAGGGCAAUGGCAUCGACACCGCUCUCGAGCACUACUACGAGCACCGGAUGCCACACACCGAAGACGAGUGGAACCACUGGGAGAGGAUAUCGGCGAAGGACAGGACGAUGAACGACAUCUCCAACCUGUUGCUUAACUUCAGUCUCGAGCGCAUCGAAGCGCCCGAAUGGCCGGACGUGCCGCCCCUGAAGGCGCCCCCACUGGCGGCCACUCCUCCGCAGCCGUACGACAAGUUUCCGCCCAAAGUGGGCGAAGUUGUCUUUGGCUACCAUUUGGAUGAAGUGGUGGCCGUCGGGAAGCGUACGGCGCUCUUUGUGUGCCAUAAGGACGGCGCCGACACUCGUAUGAUAGCGAAGGUGGCCAUCGAGGGUGGCUUCGAGGCACUCAUGCGUGAGAUGGAGGCCUACAAGAAGUUGAGCGGUUGUGGCGCCGCUCUGAUGCGCGACUACAUUAGGUGGAACGACUGGAAGAGCGAUACGUUUUGCAUCCGUUGGGGUCUCGUAGUGUUGGAGAGGUUGGGCCCAAACCUGUUGGACGCCAUGAAGCGGUUCCCGAGCGGUGUCAUUGAGCCCAUGGAUAGAGUGUACGGAUUGGCCGUUCAAAUGAUCGAUUGCGUGGAAAGGAUGCACUCAAAGGGUUGGAUCCACUGCUCGCUAAAGCCCGAGAACUUGCUGAUGGAUGGCGAGCCCGCGGCCGGUCUUAAAGCGAUUGGUCUGCGAUAUAGCAAACAAUAUGUUGCGCUGCGAACCAAUGGCACGUUGGCUCACAUCCCGGAGCCCGUGUACGACCACAAGAAGUUGCCGGUGGGUGACCCCAACUUCCACUCCAUUGGCUACCAUAACCGCUUCUGUCGGUCGCGUCGGGACGACAUGGAGUCUCUCGGCUAUUGCAUCGUCUUUAUGGCCAAAGGGUCGCUGCCGUGGAUGAGCCGUAAGCACAGGAACCUCAUGUCCACGAAGACUAUACGCGAGAUCGGGACCGCUAUGAAAGAGACCAGUUUGGAGGAGCUGUGCGCCGGACUGUCUCCACGUUUCGUCCAAUACUUCCAAAUCAUAAGUCAUUACGAGUUCGAAGAUGAGCCCAAUUACUCAGGAUUGAGACAAUGUUUUAGAGUUUAA